AUGUUAAUGUUUGCCUCUCCGUCCAAAAGGUGUACCAGGACCUCGUGCGAAAGAGCGGCUGGACGGACGUUCGAUCCACGUUGCUACAUCUCCCUCCCUGUGUCUGCUGUCAUCGGGAUUCAAGCCAUGGACAUCCCCUGCAGGACUCACCGCGGGGACCACCAGAACCCGGAGGCAAUAAUAGAUGCUGCGGAAAAAUAGCGCACGGACUAGUUGCCACUGUUAGGGAAGAACGCAGCUACAACCGCGACGGUGAUCAUGGUGAUGUCCCAGUGGAGCUGUCAGCUGCAUCAACCACGAUCGUGUUCGCUG